GUGGAAGAGGAAAGAAACGAGAGGCCUCAAAUUAAUCACUACCCGACCCCUUCACAAUUCACUCUCUCUACUCUCUAGCCCUUGGUUUGUGCUCUCUUCAUCUCUUGAGUUGUUUUUUGUUUUGUUUUCUUCUCUUUUGUGUCCCCUACACAUACAUAUAACCCCUCCUUCUUACCUUAUCCUAUCCCUUACUUUCUUCUUCUUCUUCUUCUUUCUUCUUCUUCUUCUUCUUCUUCUUUCUUCUUUCUUCUCUCUCUUUCUUUAUAAUUCUUUUUUUUUUCUUCUUCUUCUUCUUCUUCUUCUUCUUCGUCUUCUUUAUACAAUAAACCUUCUUCUUCCAUUCAUUUUUCCAAGCUUUUUCCCCCAAUUCCCUCAAUUGGAUUAUUACCAAUUUGCAUUCCCUUAUAUUAUUCCUAAUUAUGGCUCCCAAAGCUGGAAAAACCAAGCCCCAUAAGCCUAAAGGAGACAAGAAAAAGAAAGAGGAGAAAGUUUUGCCCACUGUUGUUGAACUAACCGUUGAAACUCCAGAAGACUCGCAAGUGACCCUUAAGGGAAUAUCGACGGACAGGAUCUUGGAUGUGAGGAAGCUGUUGGGAGUCCACGUGGAGACGUGUCAUUUGACCAAUUUCUCGUUGUCGCAUGAGGUUCGAGGUUCGAAGCUAAAAGAUUCGGUGGACAUCAUCUCUCUAAAACCCUGCCACCUAACGAUCGUUCAAGAGGACUACACCGAAGAACUCGCCGUCGCACACAUCCGGCGACUGCUUGAUAUCGUCGCUUGCACUACCUCAUUCGGCGGUUCCUCCAAUUCCCCCAAGUCACCGCCUAGAAUCACUCCUAAAGACAUUCCCUCCAAAGAAUCUUGUUUAACCGAUUAUGAGGCUGCCCUACCCAGUCCCGAAAUCGGAGACAAGAAGGUGGCCGCUGGCUCUGGCGGUGGAGCUCAGAAUCUCAGACAUGGACCUAAGGGUCUCAGAAACCUGGACGGCUCAAACGAUGGUUCGGAGAAAGCUGAUGGCUCUAUUUCAAUGUGCCUGCCGCCGCGGCUUGGCCAGUUUUAUGAGUUCUUCUCCUUCUCUUACCUGACACCACCACUCCAAUACAUUCGGAGAUCAAGUCGACCUUUCCUUGUGGAUAAGACUGAAGAUGAUUUCUUUCAGAUUGAUGUUCGAGUUUGCAAUGGAAAACCGACAACAAUUGUUGCUUCGAGAAAAGGGUUUUACCCUGCUGGGAAGCAUCUUCUUCUUAAUCAUUCCUUGGUGGGACUGUUGCAGCAGAUAAGUAGAGCAUUUGAUGCUGCAUAUAGAGCUCUUAUGAAAGCUUUCACAGAUCACAACAAAUUUGGAAACCUACCUUAUGGUUUUAGGGCAAAUACUUGGGUGGUUCCUCCUGUUGUUGCUGAAAACCCAUCUGCUUUCCCCCAACUUCCUGUAGAAGAUGAGAAUUGGGGAGGAAAUGGAGGAGGGCAUGGAAGAGAUGGCAAGCAUAAUCUCAGACAAUGGGCAAAAGAGUUUGCAAUUCUGGUUGCAAUGCCUUGCAAAACUGCAGAGGAGAGGCAAAUCCGUGAUAGAAAAGCAUUUCUGCUUCACAGUUUAUUUGUCGACGUCUCAGUCUUUAAAGCUGUUGAAGUAAUCAAUCGGCUUAUCGAGAUUAAUCAGUUUCCUGUGAAUGAUCCAAAUGGUUUGGUGUCUCAUGAGGAAGUUGUUGGAGAUUUAAUCAUCAAGGUAACAAGAGAUGUACAAGAUGCAAGCAUAAAAUUGGACCGUAAAAAUGAUGGAAGUUUGGUUCUUGGAGUCUCAAGGGAGGAUCUUUCUCGUAGAAAUUUACUUAAAGGCAUAACUGCUGAUGAGAGUGCCACUGUACAUGAUACUUCCACAUUAGGGGUUGUGGUCAUUAGACAUUGUGGCUAUACAGCUAUUGUGAAAGUUACAACAGAGGUGAAUUGGGGGGGAAUUCCUCAGGACAUUGACAUUGAAGAUCAACCGGAAGGAGGAGAAAAUGCUCUAAAUGUUAAUAGCUUGAGAAUGUUGCUGCACAAGUCAAACACGCCUCAAGCAUCAAAUACUUCCACCCGAUUGCAGACCACAAAUGUUGAUCAUUUACAAUAUUCAAGGACGAUAGUUAGAAAAGUAAUGGAAGAAAGUUUGUUAAGGUUGGAGGAAGAACCUGCCAAAAACUCUAGGUCCAUUAGGUGGGAGCUAGGUGCAUGUUGGGUACAACAUUUGCAAAAUCAGGCUUCAGGAAAAACUGAGCCUAAGAAAACAGAAGAAACCAAGUUAGAGCCAGUUGUAAAGGGUCUUGGAAAACAAGGUGGACUUUUAAAGGAGAUUAAGAAAAAAACAGACGUUGGAACUAGUAAAGUAGAACCUGGGAAGGAAGUUGAUCCCACUAACCCAAAGGAAUUGGAGAAACAAGAUGAGGAUAAGGAACAGAUGUGGAAAACGUUGCUUUCUGAAUCUGCUUAUUUGCGACUGAAAGAAUCAGAAACCGGUCUUCACAAAAAGUCACCAGAGGAGUUGAUUGAUAUGGCUCAUAAUUAUUAUGCUGAUAUUGCCCUUCCAAAACUGGUUGCAGACUUUGGAUCCCUUGAACUCUCACCUGUUGAUGGAAGGACGUUGACAGAUUUCAUGCACACCCGGGGGUUGCAAAUAUGUUCAUUGGGCCGUGUGGUUGAACUUGCAGAUAAGCUUCCACAUGUGCAAUCUUUAUGUAUACACGAAAUGAUUGUUCGGGCUUAUAAACACAUAUUGCAAGCAGUUAUAGCUGCAGUCAAUUUUUCUGACUUGGCCACAUCAAUAGCAUCGUGUCUAAAUGUGUUGUUGGGAACACCUUCAGUUGAAGAUGAAACCGAUUGGAAGGAUGAUUGUGAUUUGAAAUGGAAGUGGGUGAAAACAUUCCUUCUUAAGAGAUUUGGAUGGCAAUGGAAAUAUGACAGCUCUCAAGAUCUCAGAAAAUAUGCUAUCCUUCGAGGAUUAUGUCACAAGGUUGGGUUAGAGCUUGUUCCCAGAGAUUAUAAUAUGGAAAGUGCUUCACCUUUCAAAAAAUCAGAUAUUAUUAGUAUGGUCCCUGUAUACAAGCACGUUGCAUGUUCGUCCGCAGAUGGGCGUACAUUGUUGGAAUCUUCCAAAACUUCCUUGGAUAAAGGGAAAUUGGAGGAUGCUGUUAAUUAUGGUACAAAGGCACUCUCGAAACUUGUCUCUGUUUGUGGUCCAUAUCAUCGAAUGACUGCUGGAGCAUAUAGUCUUCUGGCAGUAGUGCUUUAUCAUACAGGAGAUUUUAAUCAGGCAACAAUAUAUCAGCAAAAGGCUUUGGAUAUUAAUGAGAGAGAACUUGGACUUGACCACCCUGAUACAAUGAAAAGUUACGGAGAUCUAGCUGUUUUCUACUAUCGACUUCAACACACAGAACUGGCAUUGAAGUAUGUUAACCGAGCUUUGUACCUUUUGCAUUUGACGUGUGGACCUUCUCAUCCAAACACGGCAGCUACUUAUAUCAACGUAGCAAUGAUGGAAGAAGGUUUAGGAAAUGUGCAUGUUGCUUUAAGAUACCUGCAUGAGGCUUUAAAGUGCAACCAAAGACUUCUAGGGGCUGAUCACAUACAGACUGCUGCAAGCUACCACGCGAUAGCGAUUGCUCUAUCUUUAAUGGAAGCAUAUUCGCUAAGUGUUCAGCAUGAGCAAACCACGUUGCAAAUACUACAGGCCAAACUUGGAUCUGAGGAUUUGCGUACUCAGGACGCAGCAGCAUGGCUUGAGUACUUCGAAUCAAAGGCCUUGGAGCAGCAGGAAGCUGCACGAAAUGGCACCCCUAAGCCGGACGCUUCCAUCUCCAGUAAAGGUCAUUUAAGUGUGUCAGACCUCUUGGAUUAUAUAGCCCCAGAUGCAGAUUUAAAAGCCAGAGAUGCUCAGAGGAAGGCUCGUGCCAAGAUCAAAGGAAAAUCAGGUCAGUACACAGAAACAGGUGCUGAAGAAUUCCAAAAGGAUGAAGAUUUGUCGCCAAAUUACUCUGCCAUCGAGAGUCCAAGUGAUAAAGAAAACAAAUCUCAAGAAGCCCCAUUGGAGGAACAAGUAAUUGAAAAAUCUGACACUGUUCUGUUUGAUGUUACAAAGCUUAAUAAAAAUAUUGACCAAGUGCAAGACGAGGCCUCAGAUGGUGGCUGGCAAGAGGCAGUUCCAAAAGGUCGUUCUGUAUUAGGUCGCAAGUCUUCAGGUUCAAAGAGGCCAAGCUUGGCAAAAUUGAAUACUAAUUUCAUAAACGCAUCUCAAUCAUCAAGAUACAGGGGAAAGCCUAAUAGCUUUGUAUCACCUAGAACCAACUCAAGUGAAUCUACAGCUUCAGUUGGUUCAUCCGUUCCCAUUCCACAUAAACUGACUAAGAGUGGAAGCUUCAGUACUAAGCCUACUAGUAACCCAUUCAGUCCAGGCAGUAUUGAAAAACCAUCUGACCCCCCCAAAUCAGCUCCAUCUUCUCCUGCCUUAACUGAUCAAGUAGCAAAAUCUCCAUCUAAAUCUGCUUCAGGAAGUGUUCAGGUAGCUGGAAAACUUUUAUCAUACAAAGAAGUUGCAUUGGCUCCACCAGGAACUAUUGUAAAGACAGCAACAGAGCAGCUGGCAAAAGGCCCUACUCUUGUUGAAGUGAGUUCGCAGGAAAUCCAGGAGAAAGUUACAACUGAACUCACUGUUGGUGAAGUAGCCACUAUAAAAGAUGAAGAGGAUGUGAAAGCUGAAAGAAUUGGUGUUGAAAAAAAAGGUGAAGGCCUUGACAAUGAGAUUAUAGAAGCAGACAAACAGGAAUCUAUAUCUCACCAACUCCAGGAGGAGGAUGCGAAGUGUUCUUCUGUGGAAAAUCGAACGGCGGGAGAUGAUGAAUUACAAGUGAUUAAAGAGCCUAGUGAUGAAAUAGAAGUUGAAAGCUCCAAGGCUUCAAUACAAAUAGAAGCAGGUAUUUCUGUUUCCCCAGAAAGUGAUUGUACUUCAGGUGAAGAAAAUUCAUCUGUUUCAAAAGAGAAUGCAAAUGAAAAUGAUUUACCAGUUGAUAGUGUUGAUGUUAAGCCAACACCAACUGAAGUAGAAAAGAAAGAUGAAGUAGAAGGUGGGAAGGAGACAACUAAGAAACUUUCUGCUACUGCACCUCCUUUCAAUCCAUCUACAAUUCCUGUCUUUGGAUCGGUUUCAGGUCCAGGAUUUAAAGAUCAUGGAGGCAUUUUACCUCCACCUAUUAAUAUUCCUCCAAUGCUUACCGUUAAUCCAGUUCGCAGAUCACCACAUCAGUCAGCAACAGCCAGGGUCCCCUAUGGUCCACGGUUAUCCGGAGGCUACAAUAGAUCUGGUAAUCGGAUCCCACGCAAUAAACAAACUUCACAAAAUAGUGAUCACAGUGCAGAUGGGACUCUCUUCAAUGCUUCUAGAAUUAUGAAUCCCCUUGCAGCUGAGUUUGUACCUGGUCACCCUUGGGUUCCAAAUGGCUAUCCAGUAUCUCCAAAUGCGUAUUUGGCUUCCCCAAAUGGUUACCCGUUUCCCCCUAAUGGUAUUCUGCUGUCCCCAACUGGUUAUCCAGCACCGGUUAACGGUAUUCCAGUGACUCAAAAUGGAAGUCCCGUAGAUGCAUCACCACCAGGUUUAGAUGUCGAUUCUGAAACAAAAAUUGAGACUGAAGAUGAAACAAACAAUGACAUAAUUAAUUCUUCAACUGAUAUUGAAUGUGAGAAUAAAAAAGAAAUGGAGCCAAAGCCUGAUGUUAAAUCUGUAGAAACCGAGCACUCGCAUUCUAACGUUCAAGAAAAGCUCCAUGACUCUGCUCCAGUGGCUGCCAGUGAUUCUGUUGCAACGAAAGAAGUUUCCCAAGACACGGUUGAGGAGAAAAAAUACAACAAGCGCUGGGGAGAUUCUAGUGACAAUGAAGCUGAGAUUGUUGAGGUUUCUAAUUGAAGGAGAAUCGCCAGUUUUGUAUUUAUCUCGGAUAAUUUUGUUUCACAAAUCUUCCCAACGUUGCUUUUGCUGUAGUACAAGCAGCUGCAAUCGAGGCUAUGUGAAUACACGUGCAGUUUAGGUACGUAGCAGAAGUCUUCCUAAUUUGAGUGUCAUGAAUUGCUUAAUAUGUUAAUGAAUCAUACCACAAGCAAGGGAGGAUUUCAUUAGCAUUCUUGUUUGUUUAUCUCAGUUUCUUAUCUGUAAAUUCUUCUCAACUCCGGCCAUAAUUUCAACCAAAACUGGAAACGUUGCUUGGAUGAUUUAUACAAACCAAUAUCUCCAUGGAAGACUGCCUGCUGUGAUGAAUAUUCAUGUUCUGUGGGCAACUUCUAUCGGACUGAUCCAUCAAGAUUGUCUUAAGAAAUCUGGUUUUAUGACCUUUUCUAUUUACGAGCGACAUGACAUGUUCGAAUGCGUUUGGAGUUUGGAGUUAAAGUAUUCUUUUUUAAAGACUUGCAAUUUUCGAACCUUCAAUUUCUUUGACUCCGUGAACACGAGUUUGUAAAAUAAGCUAAUUUGAGUCUUACUGGAAAGCAAUUGGAAGAUAUGAACUAAUUACUUUUA